UCAAUCCAAAACACAGCACCAUACCAGCUACUGUGAAGAAAAUUAACUCUAUCCUAGGUGAAACCAGGACUAGGGGAAUGAAGGAGUGUGCCUAGCUCGCUUCAGCUCUACAGAAGGAGUUGGAGGUGGCAGAAAAAUAUCUGGGCACACUUCCAGAGACUGGUGUGCUUUGCACGGACAGAUGGAGUCCGAUAGCAUGAUGCAGCAAGAAGGGGGCUACCCCACAGGGAAGGACAAGCUGGGCGCUAAGACAGACCCUUCUGCUUAGCCACAUCUGAAACUGAACAGUGUGCCCUCAGAUCUGCUGCUCUCCUCCUGCACACUUGCAGGAGCUCAGUUCCUCUCUGUAGCCAUCCAGCAGCUCCAUCCUCAUCUGUUCCCUCCCCAAACAGCUCCUUUCCUCUCUGUGUGUCCUUAUGUCAGUUCAGUUCCCAUCUACACAGCCGUAGAACAGACCUACACCUGUACUUGAACUCCGAUCAACCCCGUGCCCCCACGUGCACCCUCCGGUCAGCUCUGUUCCCCUCAGCAGCACUGCUGCAGCUCUGUGCCCACCGUGCAGGAGGGGAGCAGCUCUGGUCCCUGCCACAGGAGCACUUCCCUCCCUGGGUGCUGUCACUGUCCUGGCCGUCCCUGCCUGACGCACUUCCCGCAGGACUGCUCUCCCCAGACAAGGGCCAGUGCGUGCCUCUACCACACGAUGGCAAGCAGAGACAGUGAAACGUCCCCAGCAGCAGGGCUGGAGCAGGCGGCGCUGGAAGGGGAAGGCGAUUCUUGGCAGAGGAGCAGGGCUCCCCAUCUGUCCUGCCUGGACGCCCCUGUGCUGGGAAGACGGAGGAGCUGAGCCUUGCCACGCAGGCGAUGUGCUGGAGAUGUUGUGCUCGUGAGCUCCCAUCUGCGUGGCACAGCAGGCACAUGUCCCUGCGUGGGGUUGGUUUUUCUCAGACCACUGCUCUCCCAACUGGCCUGCCCUUUUCCCAGAGCUGGCCCGAGCGACUCCCAAAGCACUGCAGGAUUUUGCAGCCUGGCUGCUCACCUUCCGGGCCAUCUGCCUCUUCUGUACAGAGAUGGCUGCACACAGAUGGAGAAUGAGUCACAGCCUCUUCCCUGGUGGAAGCUGCUCUGGCCCAAAGCCAGCACAGAACUGAGAUGCAGAGACCAUGCACCUAGGAGAGUCCUCUGUAUGGCACCACUUGAUCUUGAUGUGUCCCUGGCCUCAGGGUUUCCAGUGUACGAUUAUGAACUCCCUGUCACAGAAGAGGCUCUCAAUGCAUCCAUCGCAAGGAUCAAUUCUCAGUCAUGGGGGCCAAACUUGUAUGGAGUUGUCAGGAGCCACGUUAGAAGUGUUGAUAUGUGGAACAGCAAUGAUUAUAGACUAGAGCUGCAGCUCAGCAUUCGUGAAACCGUGUGCACGAAAGCUUCAGGAAGAGACCCGUUCACAUGUGACUUCAAAAUAGGGCCCUUUGUGCGAACUGCUUUCUGCAGAAGUGUUGUGGAAGUCUCCGGUGAGCUGAUUGGGAAUGUCACUGUGCAGUGCCAUCAGGGCACAUCCAGCUCUGAAUCAAUGAGCAGCGAGGAGAUGAUGUUUAUGCAGAUAAUGAACCGUGGCAAGUGGGGCAGCAGUCGCAGAGAAGCCUUCUCUUCAAGAGGAAGAGGCAGCAUCCAUGGAGACUGGCAUAAACCCAACCGUUUCAGCUCUGGCAAGAUUGAAUAAUACAGUUCAGGACCUGUUGUUGACAGGAAAAGCUAGACAAGUUCAGGAAAAUCUAUUCUGUAAUGAAGUGAGUCUUUCUUUACAAUCACUUUCUGCUAUAAAGUCAAAUGGUCGUUGGAUGAGUUCGUAAGAUGCUAUAUGGGUGCACCGGUCAGUCGAUAGCAUUCUGAUGUGUUACAGCUCAGUGGGAGGACAGUCUCAGACACCUCAUGUAACUGUGUCUAGUACAUGUUCUAUCAUCUCAUAACAGUGCUAUUAAAGGAUCACUGUUCCAUCUUUGUGUUCUGUAUCGCCGGUUGCUUGUAAUUUUCUGUAAUGCUUGUAGGUAAUUAUCGAUUCAUUCAUACUAAUAAAGGCACUUAAUUCCUUUUUCAACAGCUGUGGACAAGGUGUCCUGCCACAAAUCCAAAGGCAUGAGUUUUAGUCCAUCAGGCAUCUAGCUUUAAUGGCUAGAUAUAGCCCAAAUAGCUUUGUCUUUUCUGGGUUUGUUUGUGUUUUCUUUGUGUGUGGUGUGUGUGUUUUGGUUUGGUUGCUGACCUACCACGUCCCACUACCAAGCCAUGUCCCUCAGUGCCACAUCCACACCUCUCUUAAACACCUCCACGGAUGGGCACUUCACCACCUCCCUG